AUGUGUAUGCACUCUUCAGCAGUCUCACGUCGGCUUUGUCGAACCCCAUCAACUGCGGCAAUCGCCCUGUGACGGCCGCACCUGACGGGCCACGGCUACGCCAUGGCCACCAAGGCGGCCACUGAAACAACCCCACUCAAAACCAAAACUGUUGGCCAGGCAACUUUCAUUCAACAGAGUCCGGCUGCCUCUGAGGGAUCUGCUAGCGACACAAAGCAGCUGAUUGAACAGGAUGACGGCGCCGUUUUCAAGAGCAGCAUUGCCUCGGCCAGCUUCAACUAUAUCAACUCCAUCAUCGGCAGUGGGGUGAUCGGCAUGGCUUACGCUUUGAAAGAAGCAGGAUUUGGCUUCGGACUGAUUCUACUAUUGGUUGUGGCUGUCAUCACCGACUAUUCACUCGUGUUAAUGGUGCGAAGCGGACACCUCUGCGGAGCUUUUUCCUACCAGGGCAUCAUGCACGCAGCUUUCGGCAGGCCCGGUUACAUCCUCCUCUCUACUCUCCAGUUUUUUUACCCUUUUAUUGCAAUGGUCAGCUACAACAUAGUGGUGGGCGACACCGUGACCAAAGUACUGAUCCGCGUGUUUGACAUGUCGCACAACUCGGCCCUGACGCACCGCGAGCUCGUGACGCUGGUGGCGACGCUGCUGAUCACGCUGCCACUGUGCCUGCAGCGCGACGUGGCGCGUCUCUCGCGCGUCUCCUUCAUGUCCCUCGUGUUCGUCGGCCUGAUCCUGGCGGCGAUCAUCGCCAGGGCGCCGUACAUGGAGCCGCUGGUCCCACCGGUUGCCGACGGCUGGCGCUUUGCUAAGGGGGACGUCGUGCAGGCCGUUGGCAUCAUGGCCUUCGCCUUCAUGUGCCACCACAACACCUUCCUCAUCUACCACUCGAUGGAGGACGCGAGCCAGAGGCGCUGGGACACGGUCACGCACAUUUCUGUCGGCGUCUCCGCACUCAUUUCCUUUGCUUUCGGCGCCAUCGGCUAUGCCACUUUCACAGAUUGGGCGCAAGGCGAUCUUUUGGAAAAUUACUGCUGGAGCGAUGAUCUCAUGAACGGUGCCCGGGUAUUGUUCAGCGCGACCAUUCUGUUGACGUAUCCGUUUGAGUGCUUUGUGGCUCGGGAGGUGUUGAAGAACACCGUCCUUUGCGGGCGACCUGACACAACAGCAAUGCACGUCAGCAUCUCCCUCUUGCUGGUUCUCGUCACUCUUCUCCUCUCCAUGAUCACCGACUGUCUAGGAAUCGUGUUGGAAUUAAAUGGCAUCCUUGCCGCGGUCCCGCUUGCGUAUUUGCUCCCGGCCAUGUGCUACUGCAAAUUGGAACAAGGAUCCCUCUUUUCGAAGAAAAAGUUUCCCGCCCUCCUGACAGCAUUAUUUGGGGCCAUCGUUGCGAUCAUGGGCACCACGAUGCUUAUCAUCAACUUUGAGACAGCCAGCGAGUGCAGCCACGGAGUAUCAAUGUCUUACUGCCGCGACCUAGACAACACGACCAUGGUUGAGCCAAAAUAAAAGUAUAUAAAUAUUGUGAAACCCGAUAUUAUAUCUCUAAAAUUAACUCCACCAUUGUCAAAGAAGGAAUCUCAACCGCAUGACUGUGUGUUUAUUUGUGUUUAAUUCAAAUAAUGUCCUAUGGCGUACAAAUUAUUUCUUAAAUAGUUAAUGGACAAGCGUAGACAAGAGCGUUUCUAGAUUUUCUCAAAUGUUAUAUUAUGUUAGCACACUUUUGUUUAGAUUUGUUAUCUGACUAAAUAAAUAAUGAUUUAUUUUGAGAUGAGCCCUAUUAAA